UCUUCCUAACGCUUCAUGAGACCGUUAAACCAGCUAGGGAUUGCUGGGAAGAAGAAGUACAGUCGAGGUUUGGACUUUGGAGAGGAAGGUAGCUCUCUAAAAAGAACUACAGGGGACCAAAGGCUCAGUAGAGGCAAAGCCAGAGACCCCUUGGCAUCAAUGGCAGAUAAGGAACAAAUAAAAAAAAAUGCAGCCAAGGUGCUGGGCUACGUAGAGAAAGUGUCCUCCUUCGCCUCCUCCAUUGACCCUCUGUUUGGCAUCGUCACCUCACUGGUUGGUGUAGUAAGGAAAGGCCUGGUGGAGGAUGAAACCCACGAGCUGGACAAGGACUUUAAGAAGAUUCAUGACAAGCUAGAGAGCAUCUCUCAGCAAAACAAGCAGACGCUGCAACAGAUCCGCUUGAACGAAGUCAACGAAGCAUUUGACAAGUACGAGGAGUACAUCAAGCACCAAUACUGUGCCUUCAACACCAUGGUGGAGCGAGUCAGGACGAACCCCGACGACGCCAGUCGUUACAUGGAGGAUUUCAAGAAUGUCUAUGAAAAGGACAAAAGCGACCUGAGCUUAGACGUGUUCUAUCGAGGCGUCAUUGGAAAAAACACUGUUUUUGGGAGGCCACUGCUGAUCGUGUAUCUAGAGCACUGCGAAAGAGACAGAAGGAUUAUGCAGGCUAGAUGCGCUCAUUUGGCCCAUCUCUUCCAAAUUGGUCUCAUGGCCCUGAUGGCCUAUUACGCAGUCACGGAGGAUGAUGAGGACGAGAUCAGGGAGAAGUGGGCGCAAAGGGUCAUCGAUAUUCAGACCAAGAUGCAGGAAGCCCUUGAUGAGUGUAGUGAGCAGGAGUGAUGCCAAAUGCACUGAAAGGUUUCUAAACCACAGCUGUCUUCGUUUCUGCUGCUUUAUCAUAGAGACAAUGAUAAAGAAAAUCAAUGCUAUUUAUAUUAUGGGCAAUAAGAAAGUAACUGUUUCUUUCUAUUAUUCUGUUGUUUUCUUGUCUGUCUUUUUGUUGGCUUAGCACUUAAAAGACCAAACUUUUUUUAUUCACUUUAAACAGAUUAUGCCAAAUAUAUUAAGAUACAACUCAAAGUGUUGCUGAAUGUAUAGACAAGCAAGCUGGACAUUUUGCACCAAAUAUUUGUCAAUUUUUAUUUUUAUUGUUAUUCAUUCUGACUGUUUCCAAUACUUUGUAUUGUAUUGUGGACCAUACUAUUUUAUUGUUUGUGCAAAAAUAAAUCUGUCCUUUCCAAGUUAAA